AAGAACAGGUGAAAUAAAUUCCAAAAAGAAAAGGUGAAAUUAUUUAUUAGAAAAAAAAAAUAUACAACUUUUUGGGGUUGAAAUGAUAAAACUAUAAAAUUCGAAGGGCUGAAAUACAAUUACCGUAACUCAAAAUAAAACCUUAAAGCAUGCAUCAGCAUUUCAUCGAACACAUGGUAGCCAAUGCCGAAUAGGUAUCCCCAAUUGAAAAACCAGUCGUCGUCUACAUCAUCGAACAACAACUAUAAUUACAAUCAACCAGAGAAACAGAGCACCAUAGAAAUGGCGGUAGUACUACACUGAAGAACAGAGAAAAAAAACACAAGAAAUCAGACGAAUUUUGCGAACUUCACCCCAGUGAAUGGGGAGAUGGAGAGCUUCCCUCAUAGUCGCCCGCAUCGUAUCAGCAUCCAAAUCCAUCAAUAACCUCAAUAUUAACCAUAACCCACCUCUUAGAUCUCCGUAUUCUCUGUUAAUUUCGGAGCGCAGAAAUUAUUUCUUGAAUUUCAGGUCAUUUUCUGCACUCCCAUCCGUAUUUCCUCGCGAUGCCGAAGAAUUUGAUUACAGCACCCAUGAUUUUAAUCGGAACGGGGUGUUGGAGGAGCCGUGUUUGGAAAACGAGGAGGCUGGAAAAAUCCCAGUGAAAGCUUUUUUCCUCUGUACCAGUGUGGAUUUGAAGAGUAUGCAAGCUGAGAAUUCAAGAUAUGUUAUCCCUCAAACAUCGCGCUCGUCGAAUAGUAUUGCUCUCAGAUUUCGCCGCCCUCCCUGGCAAACUGGAGUUGAAGUUAUAGAGAAUACGAGCUGCUAUCAGUACAUGGUUGUGUACCAGUACGGUUCCGCUGUCCUUUUCAACGUGGAAGAUCACGAAGUUGAUCUCUAUUUGCAAGCUGUUCGACAACAUGCUACUGGAUUGCUUACGGAGAUGAGAAAAGAUGAUUAUGCUAUAAAAGAGAAGCCUUUGUUGGUCGAGGAUAUGCAGGGAGGUCCGGAUUACAUUGUUCUGAAGAAUCUAGACACCGACAGUAUCCGGAUAAUCGGUAGUGUUCUUGGACAAAGCAUUGCUUUGGAUUAUUUCGUAUCCCAGGUUGAUGGUAUGGUUGAAGAAUUUGCAGGUAUAAAUCGGGGAAUGGAGAAAACAGGAACUUUCACAAUGAACCGGAAAAAGCUGUUUCAGCUUGUCGGGAAGGCUAACUCAAAUAUAGCUGAUGUUAUUCUUAAAGUCGGUCUUUUCGAGAGAUCGGAAAUUGCGUGGAGAGAUGCAAAGUACGCACAAAUUCUUGACUACCUUCGCGAGGAAUAUGAGAUCACACAGAGAUUUGGAAACCUCAAUUUUAAGUUAAAAUUCGUGGAGCACAAUAUCCAUUUUCUUCAAGAAGUACUUCAAAAUCGGAAAUCGGAUUUGCUGGAGUGGGUCAUCAUAGUGUUGUUGAGCAUAGAAAACGUGAUCUCGUUGUGCGAGAUUGUUCGGGACUCUAUAGGAACUUCGGUAUGAAGAUUGAAGACAGAAUACACACAAAUUCUUUUUUCUUAAUUAUUUAUUUAGCUUAGGUUUACUAUCUUAUUGAGAGAACAAAUUCAUUAUGUUAAAAAAAAACACCAAAUUUCCUUAAUUAAAGCAAUGCAUUUUUCUUUUUUGUUAACAAUUGAUCUUUGAUGUGGAUUUUGAUUGAGCUACGUCAAAGAAUGUGAAUUACAUUUUGAAAUGUGUGU